AUGCAAAUGCAGAGGAGAGAUGAUGGACCCAUGCUCGUUACGGCGCGUCUGCUGCAGCCACGUCUCCCGAAGCGUAGGGCGCGCUGGUCCGCAUUCCGAGGCUCGUGUGGCGGUGGAUGCUGGAGCGUGGAGGAGGAUGAGGAGGAGGUGGGCAGGACCGCGGAGCUUGGUUCAGCUGACGGCCACAACACAACCACAUCUCGCCCCUUUCUAAUACGCACUCAUGCACCGUGCAACAAGCCGCGCGCAGAGCUGCAGCAGCGGACCGCCCCCAAGAGAGGAGCCAGAGGAGGAGGAGCUAAAGAAGGAGGAACCAGAGGAAGAAGAGCUGAACACAAGGCAGAGGAGGACGAGCCAGAAGAUGAAAAGCCAAAGGAGGAGGAGCCAGAAGAGGGGGCAGAGAAGGGGGAGCCAGAUGAGGUGCUAGAUAAGCAGGAGCCAGAGCCAUGUGAGGAGCAAGAGGAGGAGGUGCCAGAGUCGUAG